AAUAAACCGCCAUUUUGCCGGGAAACAAUCCCCCGAUGGAAUUGCCAGCGUUCAUACCCUCAAUCUCCGGUUACUCUCCGGCCUAUUUUCCCGCCAAACUCAAACCCCAUCUUCCUGGAAAACUCUUCGGAGCUCCGGCGCGGAUGCUCCCGGCCACCGUCAAUGCCUCCAUUGCUGCACGCAACGUGAGAUUGAGAGAGAAUUUUGCUUUCACUGUCUCUGCUGGGUUGGGCGGGAAGGGAGAUCGUGAGACGGGUCUCGAGCUGCAGAAUGGGAAUGGGCGUUGGGUUCACUUCGUCGGUAUCGGAGGUUGCGGACUCUCUGCCCUCGCCAAGCUCGCUUUGAAACGAGGGUUUCAGGUCAGUGGUUCCGAUAUUGCUCGGAGUAGCUUCAUGGAUGGGUUGUGUCAGGAGGGUGCACACUUGUGCAUUGGUCAUUCGGCUUCAAAUAUACAGAGAGACAAUGGGUUAAUAUAUCCUGAUUCCGUAGUCGUGUCCAGUGCUAUUCCUCUGGAUAAUUCCGAGGUUUUACAUGCCAAAUCUGUUGGAGUACCAGUGUAUAAGCGCGAUUAUUGGUUGGGAAAGCUGACGGAGAAUCAUAAUCUCAUCGCAGUCAGUGGUAGCCAUGGGAAGAGUACGACAGCCAGUAUGCUGGCCUAUGUGCUAAAAGCCAUGGGAGAUGAUAUCACAGCUCUAAUAGGAGCUCAUGUGCCUCAGUUUCCAGAAGGAAAUAUUAUUGCUGGAAAUGGUCAGAAUUUCGUUCUAGAGGCGGAUGAAUACGAUGGUUGCUUCCUUGGGGUAUCACCUUAUAUUGCUGUUGUGACUAACCUGGACUGGGAGCAUGUUGAUCAGUUUCCUGAUGAGGAUGCAGUUGAGACAACUUUCAGGAGGUUCCUGAAGCAAAUCAAGACAGGUGGACAUCUCAUUCUGUUUGGAGAUAGUCCAGGUGCGCGUUCUCUGCUUAGCUGUGGGGAAGGAGCUGUCAGAUCAGAUAAAUCAAGAGGUACGAUUCCAGUUUCUAGGUCAAAGAACAGAUACAGAAUAACAACUUAUGGGUCUUCAAUUACCAAUGCAUGGAGUGCAUCGGGUAUCCAUCCAAAUUCAAAGGGGGGCAGCGAUUAUACACUGUUCUAUGAAGGACUCCCAGUGGCCGACAUCAGCUUACAGAUUCCAGGGGUUUAUAAUGUUCUCAAUUCAAUGGCAGUUAUUGCCACUAUAGAAGCGCUUUUUGGUGACCAAAUACGUAUAAUUGAUUUAGUUAACCGCGCAAAAUCACACUUGAGAAAUUUCGCCGGGGUUUCUAGACGUUUUGAGAAGGUUGGUUCUGUCUGUGGUUGCGAUAUAUACGAUGACUACGCCCACCACCCAACAGAGAUCCGUGCAGUUCUUCAAGCAGCUCGUGCCGUGUUUCCUUUUAAGACUCUUACGGUGGUUUUUCAACCUCAUACAUACAGUCGACUAGCAGCACUUAUAGACAACUUUGCUACUGCACUUAGGGGGGCUGAUCGGGUUGUCGUUACAGCGGUCUACGCUGCCAGAGAAAAAGAUGUUUGGGGUGUCAGUGGAAGGGAUUUAGCCUCUCGCUUAAGUGGCAUAGAAUCAGAAUACGUCCCUUUUCUGGAUAAUGUGGUUGAUAAAUUGGUUCAAGAAAUAUCUGAGGACCCUCAUCGUGAAAUUCUCGUCUUCACGCUUGGAGCAGGUGAUAUCACUACUUUGGGCCCUAAACUGCUCUCCAGGUUGAAAUCAGUAAAGCACGCUAAGUUCGAACUUCUUAAAAUGCGAGAGCCUAUACCCGAAUGCUGACAUCUCUUAUUAGUCGAAAGUAUGAUUUUGCAAGAGCAGAUAUCUCAGUUCAAAACGUUGGCUCGACGAUCCUAACAUCCAUUUGGUUGGCUGAGGCUGCUCAGUGACAGGAUUUAGGGGGGUAAUUAUCCUCAUUCGAAGCCAAUCAUGCUAUGUUACUGGAGGGAUAUAUCACAUGUAAGUUAACUUGGCUCCUCCAUCAUCUCAACAAUAGUAAUCUGAAGUUGGAUCCUCCCAUUAGGAAAUCACCCGCGCAAGACCCAAUCAAGAAAGGGACACUUCUUCUAUCUACAGUCCACGGAUGGGAAGACGAAACCACUGUCAAAAUUGAAUGAAAAUGAAGAGCAUCCGAUAUUGCCGGAGGAAAGUCGGUCACGCGAUUGGUAACAAUUAGCUACUGGGUGAAUUUGUUUGAAUUGGUUUCCUCUUCCAUCAUCACAUUACUUGGCGAUAGAAGUGGUAGUGUUUGUGAUCUAACACAGCUGUAUAUAAAGCCUUACUUCUGCUACGGUUUCAUUACAUUCUAUUAAUUAUAGAUCACAUUUCGGCA